AUGAGGGAGAGGAGAGAAGAAUGGAGAAAGGUGAGAUUGGAGGAGAGAAGAGACAAGAGAGAGAGAGAGGAGAAGAGAAAAGAAGAGUGGAGAAAGGGAGAUAUUAGAGGAGAGGAGGAGGUAGAGAGGAGAGAGGCAGGCCAAGUAUUACUGAACACUAGCCAUGUCUGGGUGGUUUUCCUGCAGGAUUGGGGCUUUGAUAUGUUGUCAAGUCCUCAAACGGAGGUUGACAGUGGUUUCAGGCAGUGGUCAGAGCUUUGAUUUAAACUGCUGGACCUCAGACAGUGACUGUGUUUCUCUUUUCUAGAUUGGGUUGUUUGAUAUUUACUAAGUAUCUUGGACUGUCUGGAGCUUUGUAGGAUUUCUCUGAAAUGUAGGUUUAUCCUCCAUUAAUUCUUUGAAAGAGUUAAAAAAAUAUAUUUACCUGAAACUUUACUCUGACAUUUAACUUGAAUAAUUUCUCUGACUUUAAGUUUUGAGGAACACUCAAAACCUCAAACUGGAUCCAACCAUUGAUAUUAAUCGAUAAGCAAGCCGCUCUGAACACCACCAUCUGUUGAAUGAAUCAGCAUUGUAGCUAGAUUGUCGAUGGUUUGAGUUAAAUGUGUUUUCUCUGGAUCUGAACCUUGACAAACAAACACAUGCCUCCAACAAUGCUCAUAGUUGUGUGUGUCUUUUUCAUUUUAGCUUCAAGUCACGACCAACUAUAGACAGGCCCUCUGUAUGUUUUUUCUCUGAAUUUUGUUUGUGCGUGUGGGCAUGUGACACACAGCGAGGGAGGCGGGAAGCAAGCCGGUUCUAGCGGCUGGCUGCUGAUGUUAAUAGCUUGACAGUUUCCCUAUUUCCUCUCAUUGCAGCAGCUGUACGCCACCCAGCUGGCCAGCAUGCAGAUCUCACCUGGAGCCAAAAUGGCCUCACUGCCACAGCCUCCCAACUCCUCAGGCCCCCUCUCGCCCUCCGCCUUGAAGAGUGAAAAGAGAGCAUUGAGUCCUGUCGCUCACGUUAAGGUGAGCUUUCUCUGUAUGCUUGACUUUGUGUGUUUUGUUUUGGAUCUUGGUUAUACAGUAUAUAACUCACUGACUGAAUCAAUGAUUCAAGUGAAAGGGAAUGAACACUUACACACACACACACACGCACACACACACACAGUCAUUGGCGCUGGCUGCUGUUUACAAUGGGCCCAGACCUCUUUACUGGAGUGAGCUCGAGAGCAUACGCCUCAUCUUGACUCGAUGAGGCAAUAAUGGGAGCCAUGUGUCUAUGUGGGGUCGCUGCAACCAGCAUCACAAUAGACUGGAGUCAGAACUCACCACAGCUCCACAAUACUACUCAACCAACAUAACAAUAGACUGGAGUCAGAACUCACCACAGCUCCACAAUACUACUCAACCAACAUCACAAUAGACUGGAGUCAGAACUCACCACAGCUCCACAAUACUACUCAACCAACAUAACAAUAGACUGGAGUCAGAACUCACCACAGCUCCACAAUACUACUCAACCAACAUCACAAUAGACUGGAGUCAGAACUCACCACAGCUCUAAAGUAGUUACUCUUCCCUUGAAACUUGAAACUUCCACCUUGAAACUUCCACCUUGAAACUUCCACCUUGAAACUUCCAACUUGAAACUUCCACCUUGAAACUUCCACCUUGAAACUUUCACCUUGAAACUACCACCUUCCCUAACUCCUUUCCACUCUCGCUACCCCCCACACUGGUAUCCCAAUGUCCUCCCAGCCUCCAAAAUCACGUUCCUUCUCCUCUCCUCAAGACCGGUUCCAAAUUAAAUCCAUGUUUGUUAGUGUUCCCUUUCACGGCACAGUCAGGUGGUGUUGAAGGAUUCUCUUCCAGUUUCUAUCCCCUUCCAGGGAUUCCUCACAAACUUUAUGUGAGGCGAUGUGGUCAUGAACCUUUGAUUAGGAAAGAGGAGGAGAUGGGACGACUGGCUUUUGUUGAUCAAAUGUAUUUAUAAAUGGCCACAACUUGAGAGGGGGAUAAUUGAGUGAAGACCUUUUUUAGGCAGCAAUCUGAGGGUCAAAGCAUGGUGGUGAAGCCUUAUUUUUCCCAACUUCUGAAUCAUGUGCGGUCCCAACACAGUGCCCUGGGGAACACCACCAAAGUAUUAAAGCAUUAUUGCAUUCUCAAACACAUCAUUCAUACUGGUCUACACUGAGUAUAAACAAACACAACUUUUCUGUCUGCUUCAAAUGUUUUUGCUCUGUCAAUCUCGACUCCCAGACAGACAUGCUUCAACAUAAUUCAGAGGCUGAGUUGAAUAGAUGAGUCAGACUGAAUCAGGGCGAAAGACUCUUCAGUCAGUUGGAUAGAGAACUUAUCCUCCUCAGCAGAGCUUAGACCACGACAGCUACACUGAGUGUAUAAAAUAUGAAGAACACCUGCUCUUUCCAUGACACAGACUGACCAGGUGAAUCCAGGUCUGAAAGCUGUGAUCCCUUAUUGAUGUCACUUGUUAAAUCCACUUCAGUGAAGGGGAGGAGACGAGCUAAAGAAAGUUUUUAAACCUUGAGACAAUUGAGACAUUGAUUGUGUUUGUGUGCCAUUCAGAGGGUGAAUGGGCAAGACAAAAAAAGAUUUAAGUGCCUUUGAACAGGGUAUGGUAGUAAGUGCCAGGCACACUGGUUUGUGUCAAGAACUGCAAAGCUGCUCGGUUUUUCACACGCAACAAUUUCCUGUGUGUAUCAAGGAUGGUCCACCACCCAAAGGACUUCAAGCCAACUUGACACAACUGUGGGAAGCAUUGGGGUCAACAUGGGCCAGAAUCCCUGCGGAAUGCUUUCGACACCUUGUAGCAUAACCCAACGAAUUGAGCCUGUUCUGAGGGCAAAAAGGGGGGGGGGGGUGCAACUCAAUAUUAGGAAGAUGUUCCUAAUGUUUAGUAUACUCAGUAUAUACACACUCCAACUAACAACUACAUUUUCACCAGGUCUUCACUUGAAGCAGUCUGUCAUAAUGCCCUCAUAACACCGUCAAAAUAAUUGUGUUUGCCCAUGUAACAGGUCCACGGUGUGUUUUCAGCCUUUGCUUACCCCUGUGCUUGCCCCUGAGCCCAUAGACAUCCUGUCCAGCCUUCGCUUACCCCUGUGCUUACCCCUGUGCCCGCUCUUUCUCCUCGUCUUCCUCAGGAGGAAGGGUCGACGCAGCCCCUGAACCUCUCAGCCCGAUCCAAGACUGGCGAACCCCACCGCUCCCCGUCCUCGCCGUCACACUGCCUGUUCCCCAGCAACAAGACCAGCCCCAUCAGCCUGGGGAAGGGGCGCAUCCCCAGCCCCCUCUCCAACAUGGGCAGAGGCUCACUGGGUGGGUGCAAUGAACACCCACACAUGCAUGUGCACACACUCACAGGUACACAUAAACAAAAUGCACACAAAACACCUUCACAUUGCACACAAACAUUCCUAGCAUCCUCCGCCAGUUCAAGUCAACCCCAAAGGAGACCUGUUUUUUUUUUACGAGAGCCCAAAGCUCUGUAUUUAGCACCAAUGAAAACCCAGGCAGCGGAAGCAGUGAAACCCAGCACACGUUUUUUGGUUUAAAGAGACUUCCUCACAUCAUUGUCUGCCCAGUACCAUAAACCUUAGUGCUCUACCUCUGCUAUCUGUGAUUAAGCACAAUCUAAAGCCUCUCAUUACACCAUAACAAUUUUGCUAGCUCCUCUAGAGUGGCUUUGAGGAUGCGCCACUUCACUUGUGUUCCUUCCUGUGGGUUAUUUUUCACCCUUUUUUUGACGGCCACCCAUGCAUGCAGUACUUCCUCUUCAUCUGCUAAUUAGACAAGGAAGGUGCCGGAAAGUUUGCACUCUCGUUUCUUAUUACAUACACAUAGGCUUCAAAAACAUACUGUACACAAAAAAGGGGGGCAGAGGGGAAUGUUGGGUGCUUGUUGAGAAACUGCCAUUCGAAAAAAAAGUAUUUCAUUGUCUAACCACAAAUAAAGCCGUAUCCCCUACCCCCUAGGCACCUGUGUAGAUCUGAAAGAGCUGGAUAUCUAAAAGCAAUAUGGUAACAACUCCACCUUUUUUCUAUAUUGCUUACACCUGUCCAAUCCUCUCAGCUCUACACAUGUCUAGAGAGGAGGAGCUAAGGGUCCAUUUGGAAUCAGUCAUUUGUCAAGAUCUUUUCCUGUGAGGUCACGUACAGCAACAAUACUGAUUGGUCUGCUGCUGUGUCCGUCAACAGUCAGACACUGACAGCCGAUGCUUUCUGCCCACAGACAUCCUGUCCAGCCUGAACUCCACUGCGUUGUUUGGGGACCAGGACGCAGUGAUGAAGGCCAUCCAGGAGGCAAGGAAGAUGAGGGAGCAGAUCCAGAGAGAACAGCUUCAUCACCAGCAGCAGCAAAGCCUGGAGGCCAAGCUCACGGCCCUGAGCGGCAUGAGCCUCAGCAAUGGCAGCAAGGUUAGAGUCACGACACACAUAAAGACGUACACACACACACACGAACGCAUGCACAAACUCACACUCAAACACGUAGAUGCAUACAUACACAUACAUAUAUACGAAUGCACAUGUGUGUUUAUGCAUCUAAAACUAAAAGCAUUGUAUUUAGUUAAAAACAUUUUCUAAAACCUAAACUUCAACUGGAGUUGUAAAUAAAGGAUGUGACCAUUGAGCAAGUUAAGGAAGCUAAACUCAUAGGUAUAACAUUGGAUGGUUAGUUAUUAUAGUCAAGUCAUAUUGACAAAGUUGUUGUGAAGAUGUGGAGGAGUACAGUAUGUCUGUUAUAAAAAGAUGCUCUGCGUUUUUGAUACAAAGAUCAACUGUACUAGUUGUUCAGACUCUGGUCUUGUCCCAUCUUGAUUACUAUCUGGUAAUAUGGUCAAGUGCAGCCAGGAAAGACCUAGCAAAGCUGCAGCUGGCUCAAAACAGAGCAGCCCGCCUUGCCCUUAACUACACAUACAGAACUAACAUCAACAACAUGCAUGCCAGUCUUUCCUGGUUGAGGGUUGACGAGAGAUGAACUGCUUCUCCUCUAGUUUUUAUGAGAAAUAUUACUUUGAUGAAAAUUCCAGAUUGUCUUCAUAAUCAAAUGACAUUCAGCUCAGAAACCCAUACCCCACAAGACAUGCCACCAGCGGUCUCUUCACAGUCCCCGUGUCCAAAACGAAUUCACGGCAACGCACAGUAUUAUACAGAGCCAUGACCUUUAAAAAAACGAUUAAACAACAUCUCAUGGAACGGCAAGAACUGUGAGGGGACACACACACACACACCCACACACACACACAGACACACUAAAACACACUAAACACGCACAGACACACACACACACACACACACAGACACACAGACACAGACACAGACACACACACACACCACACACACACAGACUUUUGUAGUUGUAUGGUUUGUAUAAUUGUUUUAUUGUUUCUAUAUCGUUGUAUUUUACAUCUGUGUGACUGUCCUUGUCUAUCAGUGUUUUGUUACUUGUCAUGUUUUGUGUUUUGUGUUUUUUGUGGACCCCAGGAAGAGUAGCUGCUGCUUCUGCAAAAGCUAAUGGGGAUCCAAAUAAACAAAUAAACACCCAUGAGCACGCACACACACACACACACGCACACACACACACACUCUACAUGUUUUCAAUGAGCACUAUUAGCCUCAACAGACAAGGUUCACAAAUGCAUACAGAUGCCUGAACAAUGUACAAUUGCUCUAAUUAUAUGCUGAUUCUCUGAUUGACACGGGGCAAGCCCAAUUCUGUAAUUUUGUCACUUUCUCAAUUCAUGCAUGUACUGUUGAAGGGAAAUAGUUGUGUCUGCUUUUUGGCCGGUGCUCUUGAGAUCCUCUCUUCUUUCAUAUCCACGGCCACCCAGAAGCCGACUGCUUUGAACAGACAGCAGCUGGGUCUAUGAUAGUGAUGGUUUUGGUGUGUGAGUGUGUGGUGUGUGUGUGUGUGUGUGCGUGUGUGCGUGUGUGUGUGCGUGUGUGUGUGCACAUGUCUGAGUGUAUGUGCAUGUCUGUGGGAGUGUGGUUGUGUGGUUGUGGGGGGGGGGGGGGGAUUGUGCCUUGGGGGUCUAUACUCAAUUAGAACCAAAGUCUGGGCAGAGGGCCUUCAGAUGGGCCACUUUGUAGCAGGAACUCCUAUACCCAUGGGGUCCCCCAUGUUAAAAAAUGUCUUCCAAAUAUAAAUCAGAUCAGUCAAUCAUGGAUAGACUCAAGGGAAAAUACAUUUUGAAAAGAAGAAAUGAUCCCUCCAUCUUCCUAAAAGAGAUUGAUCCCCAUGUUGGCAGGGAGGAAGGACGAAGUCAAAGAUGAAUCAUUAAUAUUUUAGUGAUGGAUACUUUGAACCCCCUCUGCCACAUCUUCAACUAGAGGCCACAUCUUCAACUAGAGUCCACAUCUUCAACUAGAGGCCACAUCUUUACAUUUACAUUUUACAUUUACGUCAUUUAGCAGACGCUCUUAUCCAGAGCGACUUACAAAUUGGUGCAUUCACCUUAGAGCCAGUGGGAUAACCACUUUACAAUGUUUUUUGGGGGGUAAGGGGGGGUGGGGGGGGGGGGGGGGGGGGGGGGGGGGGGGUAGAAGGAUUACUUUAUCCUAUCCCAGGUAUUCCUUAAAGAGGUGGGGUUUCAAAUGUCUCCGGAAGGUGGUGAGUGACUCUGCUGUCCUGGCGUCGUGAGGGACCUUGUUCCACCAUUGGGGUGCCAGAGCAGCGAACAGUUUUGACUGGGCUGAGCGGGAACUGUGCUUCCGCAGAGGUAGGGGAGCCAGCAGGCCAGAGGUGGAUGAACGCAAUGCCCUCGUUUGGGUGUAGGGACUGAUCAGAGCCUGAAGGUACAGAGGUGCCGUUCCCCUCACAGCUCCGUAGGCAAGCACCAUGGUCUUGUAGCAGAUGCGAGCUUCAACUGGAAGCCAGUGGAGUGUGCGGAGGAGCGGGGUGACGUGAGAGAACUUGGGAAGGUUGAACACCAGACGGGCUGCGGCAUUCUGGAUGAGUUGUAGGGGUUUAAUGGCACAGGCAGGGAGCCCAGCCAACAGCGAGUUGCAGUAAUCCAGACGGGAGAUGACAAGUGCCUGGAUUAGGACCUGUGCCGCUUCCUGUGUAAGGCAGGGUCGUACUCUCCGAAUGUUGUAGAGCAUGAACCUACAGGAUCGGGUCACCGCCUUGAUGUUAGCGGAGCUCUUCGCACUCUGGGAGGAGGACACAACGGAGUUGUCAACCGUGAUGGCGAGAUCAUGGAACGGGCAGUCCUUCCCCGGGAGGAAGAGCAGCUCCGUCUUGCCAAGGUUCAGCUUGAGGUGGUGAUCCGUCAUCCAUACUGAUAUGUCUGCCAGACAUGCAGAGAUGCGAUUCGCCACCUGGUUAUCAGAAGGGGGAAAGGAGAAGAUUAGUUGUGUGUCGUCUGCGUAGCAAUGAUAGGAGAGGCCAUGUGAGGAUAUGACAGAGCCAAGUGACUUGGUGUAUAGCGAGAAUAGGAGAGGGCCUAGAACUGAGCCCUGGGGGACACCAGUGGUGAGAGCACGUGGAGCGGAGACAG